UCCUGAUAUUUAUCUUCCCACUCACCACUUCCCAUAUCACCACCACCAAUACCAACACCAACAUUUUCUUUCUUUAAAACCACCCUUACAAAAAUGGCAAUUCAAAUAUCUUCCAUAAUUUGAAUCUUUUUUUCCUAAAAAGAGAACCCACUUACUUAAAAGUUAAAACUAAAAUGUCUUCAAUUAGAAGCAUGAUACUCCGGUCAAGGUCCAACAGGGUAGUUCAGGAGGGCUUGUCUCCGCCGUAUACGGCGGAGUGCAAGCCUAGAGACGACACGUCAUCGUGGGCAAACAUGCCACACGAGCUUGUAAGAGAAGUUCUUAAAUUAAUUGAAGCAUCAGAGAGUAGCUGGCCAGAUAGAAAAAAUGUUGUGGCUUGUGCUGGUGUUUGCAGAACAUGGAGACUUAUAGUUAAGGAAUUGGUUAAAGUUCCCGAAGUUUCUACAAAGCUUACUUUUCCCAUCUCUGUUAAGCAGCCUGGUCCAAGGGACUGUCUCCUUCAGUGCUUUAUAAAGCGGUGCCGGUCCACUCAAACAUACUACCUGUACCUCAGUCUAACUAAUGCGCUGGCUGACAAUGGAAAAUUCCUUCUGGCUGCACGCAAAUGCAGACGCCCCACUUGCACAGAUUAUGUCAUCUCUUUAGAUUCUCAUGAUAUGUCAAAAUGUAGUAGUACCUAUGUUGGGAAGCUAAGAUCAAAUUUUCUGGGGACCAAGUUUACAGUCUUUGAUGGAAAGCCACCUCAUGCUGGAGCCAAAAUGACGAAAAGUCACUCCACUCGGCUAAUAAAUAUGAAACAAGUUUCGCCUAGGGUCCCGGCUGGCAACUAUCCAGCUGCUCACAUAUCAUAUGAACUGAAUGUGUUGGGUUCCCGGGGUCCUAGGAGAAUGCAUUGCGUUAUGGAUGCUAUCCCUGCUGGUGCUAUUGGACCUGGUGGAGCUACCCCAACUCAGACCGAGUUUUCUCGUUACAGCAUGGAUAACUUUCCUUCACUCCCAUUCUUUCGUUCUAAGUCAAACCGUGUGGAGAAUUUUUCAUCUGGACCUUUGUCCAUUCCAAAAGAUGGAGCAUUAGUACUGGAAAACAAGUCCCCGAGAUGGCACGAGCAGCUUCAGUGUUGGUGUUUGAACUUCCACGGUCGAGUGACAGUUGCUUCAGUUAAAAACUUUCAGCUGGUUGCUUCCGCAGAAAAUGGAGAGAAGAUUAUCCUACAAUUCGGGAAAGUGGGAAAGGAUUUGUUUACCAUGGAUUAUCGCUACCCACUAUCAUCAUUCCAAGCAUUUGCAAUAUGCCUCAGCAGCUUUGACACCAGGAUUGCUUGUGAAUGAAGACGCAUGACGUAACAGGUGUAAAAUUUUAAUGUCCUGAUUGUGAUAUCAUAAUUUCAUUUGUGGGAAAAGAUGACUGAAAAUGAAACGCAGAAUUUGCAGCAACAUGCUUUCAGAAUCAGAUUUUCAAGCCAGAGGAUUGUUCAAGCUUGGGACAAUGGAAUUCUGUACAUAUUUCAUUGUAUAUUAAUUAUAUUAUGUUGUUAAAUGAGAGAGAGAUUAUCCAACGGGAGGCAAAUUUGUGUUAUUAAGUUGGUAACAGUUACUACUCUUGCAUGCUUUGCAAAAUACAGCAUCAUCUUCUGAUACACAAUAGACAGUUCAAUACUAAUUCCAUAUCUAUAUACACAUCCACUAUUCUAAUUAA